UCGGCCCGAGCGAUCCAUAAUCUUGGAGUCUUGCACAAGGACCUCGAGCCUCGCAACAUACUGUGGAGCGAGGAGACUGGUCGAGUAAUGGUGAUUGACUUCGAGCGGGCAGAGGUUGUCCGCCAGCUGAAGCACCAUAUGCUGGAUGAAUAUGCUAAACGCCGUAGAAACGGA